AUGAGCACGCUCCCCGGCAGUAUCCUCUUCGCCUGCACGUGGAACUCCGUGCGCUCGCCCAUGGCGGAAGGGCUGAUGAAGAGCCUCUUCGGCACCCGACUCUUCGUCGAUUCGGCGGGCGUGCGCAGCGGCGGCGGGCGUGAUCCGUUCGCGGUGCUCAUCAUGGCGGAGAUCGGGAUCGACAUCGGCGGCCACCGGCCCAAGACCUUCGACGAUCUCGAAAGCGAAUCGUUCGAUAUGGUCAUCUCGCUCUCGCCGGAAGCCCAGCACAGAGCGAUCGAACUCACCCGCACCGCCCAUUGCGAGAUCGAGUUCUGGCACACCCUCGAUCCCAGCGUGGUCGAAGGCAACCGUGAGACCCGCCUGUUCGCCUAUCGGGAGGUGCGCGACGGGCUCAUGGCGCGGCUGCGCGAGCGCUUCGGCGCACCCCGGCCGCCGGUGGUCUGA